CAUUGAUUGACCAAGCAGAUACCCCGCAGGGUGACACUUCCACGAGUGAAUUCACUUUGCCGGAAGAGAUCGAGAAGAUUUCUGGAGCAGUGACUUUACAAGCGUUGUUGCCGUUAUCUUCUGCGAAUUUAAUUCCGGAUUGCGGGACCAAACUCUUUCCCUACCACAGCUGUAAGAGUGGGAAGGAGGCGGUUUUUGCGGAGGAGACGGUAACGGAGAAAAGUGUUGCGUUGCCGGGUGUUGCGGCUGUGGAUUACGAUAAACCGUUUUUCACUUUCGUGACCGGAACUUUCUCGAUCCGGAACAAAAAUGACGAAUUGUCGGAUAAGGAGAUCACGGAUGCAGUGAAAAUUGCGUUCCACAGAUCCUUGAUCGAUUUGGUGCCUGUUUUAUCCGCUCCUUUCCCCUCUCCAAGCUUCGAAAACGCGGCUUUGGAGGUCGCGGAUGUCGCGGUGACGAUCUCCCCAUCGGAAUACGCGAGGCCGGUAUGCAUUGCAAAUAUGUCUGGGUCUGGAAGGAUGCGAACUUGUGAUGCGCAUUUCACAAUGCAGACAAAUCUCUCAUGCAUAGGAAGCAAAAGGUGCCCAUUUCCUGUCACCAAAAUAGGGGAUUUGCCAUGCGGAUUAAGCAAUGCGGAAGCUUCUCGAUGUCUGUGAUGCUAGGGCUUUCAUGACAGACAUUUUGUGUCAUCCAAAAACAGCAAGACAAAAAUCUGCAUUCUUCCAGACCCCGGCACUUUUGCAUUUGAUAGCCGGAACGGCCGGACAAUCUUUUCUACGACACCCGCAUGCUCGGGGAGGUGAGAGAGUUGGGGAUCACGGUGGCUUUACCUUCUGUCCACCAGUCGGCGAACGCGACUCUGGUUUCGCAUGUGUUGGCGUGCUUCGACAGCAAAAACAACGACUGCUACAAUACCAUGAAACUGAAAGUGGAUUUUGAGCUCGCAUCGGAUGCUGGGGUUAACAGUACGAUGUUUGAGCGGGGGGAUAAGCAUUUCUUGCCCGCUGUUCCGAGCGGGGUGGUUCUAUCCGUUGACGAGGUGACCAAGCUGACGCAGUUGGCCAAGCUUUCUUCCUCUUUCACCGAGAUGGAUGAAACCACUUGGGACCCCGCCUGGGGCUAUCAAAUGCAAAAAUGUCUGGGUCUGGAAGAUUGCGAGAUUUGUCAUGCUGAUCUGGCAUGGCCCUUAAAUCUGUAUUGCGUGGCCACAAACAGCCUCUCUCACAUGUCAUGCAAAAACGCAGCUUCUCAUGCGGAAUACGCAGCACAGAAGCACGCAGCAACUUGUCAUGCUUGGCGGCGCAUUACAGUGCAUUUGUUAUUGACUGACUUGCAUCACAAGUUUCCAGACCCAGACAUUUUUGCAUUUCAUAGGGGCAACGACGGGAUGAAGCAACAGUUUUACUCUGCGGAUUUGACCGGGCCUGCCUUAUCCUCUUUCCAGGCGAUUUCCGCGGAGUCUUCCUUCAACGUCAUUCCUGAUUUGAAGCAGGGCGGGGGAAGGAUUCCAACCCAUUCCGAGUUUGAUUUAUCCGUGACUCUGACCAACGCGAAUGCUGAUUUGAAAAUUCACCAUUUGGAUUUCAAGGAAAAUCUGAAGAAAGCGGUUUCGAACGCGUUGAACAGCCUCCUGGGUCUGGAUUUGGAAGUUGGCCACGUCGCGGUGAAACUGUUUCCACAAUUCACCCGACAGCCUGUGCCGGAAGUUGGUUUAACCGCAAACACCGCAAAAACCAUCCGGGUUCGGAUCGGGCUGCCGAAAGCGGCGAGCUUCGACGGGGAUAGUUCCGUGAAGAAUCAAGUGUUGGCCAUGUACUUGUCCGAUAACUCCGCGCUGUCUUCCUACCCAACCGGCCACGACGACAUUUCCUCUACGGACGUCGCUGCGGAUUUCUCCCUGGAUUUAACAUUGCAGAAAAUCAAGGCGGAUGAGAAGAAAAAUGCGUUCCAAAAUCUGGUAAACAGCGAAUUGACAAAUUUGCUGCAAACCAGGUUUGGCAACACCGACAUCACUGCAGGGUCCGCCACUGUUCUCAACACGGAGGUGAAGGAGUUCAAGAACUUUGAAUUCCCUCUCGGUUUCUCCGGCGGCUCCGUUUCCGGGAAGACGAUCGAAGCGGGGAAAGAGCCUUGUCCGGACAUGAACGCGGCAUUGAAACUCGACGGGGACGACAUGGUGGCCGCUGGCUGGACGAUCCGCCCGGCGAACGAGAUGCUAAAGUCUUCCGGGCAAGAGCCGGCGCUAUCUUCUAACCUGCGGGCGGGCAACAACCCGGCGAACGAUAUGAUGUACGAGCCGAAGCACGACCAAUACAACAGUGAUGGCACGGAAAAGGGCAAGGGCGUUUUCUACGUGAACGGCCUGUGGAAGGAAAAUACAUUCUCCCAGAACGGAAUCUCCCUCGCCUGGCCGAUUGGGAAUUACGACGUUUGCCGGAAAAGGGUGAUGGCGGGCACGGAGUGGCCGAGUUACAAAAUGAGUGGAUACCGAAAAUCCGACGGCACGAAAAUCCCGGCCGAUGCGGCGACUAGCCCACCGACUGAGUACCACGGGAGUAAAAAGGGAUCUGCUUCUUCCUUUGCGGAAAUGAAAACCGGGGAAGGUGGGGUUUUUGAAAGAACGUUGCUAGGAACCGGUGAAAUCGAGGUGAAGUUCGGGAAUUGCGCACCGUACAACAACCUGAAUUUCCCCCCGAAAGACCACCCGAGUUGCAAUUGCGUCCGGAUCGACAACGAGGGGAGUCCAAAAACAGCAAGCACUAGGGACAACCAGUGGUGCACAAGGCAAGCUGAUGGAAACCACUUAGUGUCCGAUACGGAUAAGAGGUGUAAAGUUGGCUGCAUGUGCAGCUGCGGCUACACGGGGAACGCAGCAAAGCCGCAGUUGAACUGCCAGGGAUCUGAGGUGCGAUUGCAGCUCGAUAAUGUUCUGUUGAAAACCGCCUGGCCGGGGGAUUAUCACACGGUGAGGGUGAAUUUCAAGUCGGGGCAGGUGUUGAAGCUCGAGGGGUUGUCUGGUUACAUGGAGGACGGCGCGAACCAUCUCGUUUUGCCCUACAUGAUGACCCUUUACGAGAUCAACUAUUUGACUUGCUCGCCCUUCUCCCCCGAGGACAUGGUUUCCGGGAUGGUUUUAGGUGCGAUGACCCGGAAAGCAGUGGAUCACGAGCUGAAACAAAAGAUCACCGCCUUGACGAAAACAGACGCUGAUGGGAAUAACCCUGUCACCGUCGCUUCCUCGUUUUCCCCAGAAAACCUCCUCGCGAUCACGAGGGAUGCGAACACAGUGUACGACUCGCCGAGUUCCUUCGCUCGGUUCCGGGCGAUUUUGCCACUCCCGAAGAUCGGGGUGCACGGGUUACCGGGGCCUAGUGCGGAUGCUGGGGAUUUGGAUGUGAAGGAAACUUUGAAACAGACGCUGUUGAAAGACAAAAACGACAAAACUUCCUCUUCAAAUAACCCGUUCAAAGACCUCGCGACGACGCUAGUCAACAAGUUCGGCGUGCCGGUUUUGAACAUGACGGAGGGCGUGGGGAUGUUUGAAAACGCGAAGCACGAAAAAACCGCGGUGUCUGUUUCCGAGCAGAACAACGUCGGGAAUUUUACCGACAUCGACAUCCUCCACGAGUCCGAGGACGUCGCGACGGAUAUCGGCCGGGACCCAGUGGGUGCGAAGGAGAUUGACAUUCGGUUUUUGGAAAUUUCCGGGGAGCUGCACACCAAGGAUUCGUCGACUUUUUCCGAUAGUGCGUUGCAGAUUUUGUUGCAGCAGGGUGUCGCGGCGCAGCAACCUGGGACUGAGAAAACCAAGCGGGUUUUCCCGGUUCCGUUGGAAGACUUAGGUGCGGCGUUUGACGCGAUCACACCGGUUUUUCAAACAUCGUCGAAUUCGUUUACGUUCAAACGGGCGUUUAAGCUCACGGUGCAGUACAGGAAGAAGACUGGGGUGGAAAUCGGAAAUGCUAUCUCCGUCUUCCGGUCCGAUCAGUUUAAGUCAAAUCUUCAGCAGUUUAUGACGGACAACUCUGGCGGUGCGAAUUCCACUUAUGGAAUUAUCCUCUUCCAAGUCGCGGACGCACGGCUCGCUUCCAUGUCGACUGUCGUGAUCCGGUUUGUCAACAAGCCGAACAAAGCUAUGACGGACAAACCCGGGUUGAAAAACGAGCCGUGGCUGAAACUCCCGCUCCGGAAGUGCUUCCGGGAAGCGCUCCAGACCGUCGCGACGAUCUCCAUGUCCGAUGCGAAUGUCUUUUUCGACAUGCCUGAUUUUGACUACUGGCCCAGCAGAAUCCCUAAUGUCUUUAUGCAAUACAAAUUUCCUGUACAUGUACAAAAUGCAUCACAAAUGUCACCGACUUGGAGCACGCCACUUGUCAUGCUAAAUAGAAACGAAGAAAAUUUUGUCAUGCAGAAACCGCAUUUGUACAUGUACAGGAAAUUUACUGUGGAUAGUUUUCUCCGAUUACCGCUACAACUACUUUCGGUUCGCACUCUCGUUCGCGGAACAGCCGACGACUUUGAAGAAGGUUCUGUCUUUAUCCGGCGCGGUAAACACGGACGGGAGUAGUAUCGUGGAGAAUGAGUUCUUUUUGAACUCUUUUCUAACGAAAGUGAACGAAGCGGGAUCCGAUCCGUUAACGUUCAUGCCGGCGGCGGAGGUGAAUUGGGCUUCUUCUUAUCUCCCCAUUUCCGGCUUCAACAACAACGACGGAGAAGGGAAAAGAAAGGCGAUGCACAUUGUCCAAUCCGACACGAUGAGCUUUGUCCGCGCCUAUCUUGGAGCGGAUGAUCUCCUCGUCACUGGGGUCGGAGCAAGCGGGACAGUUGUGAACAAGAUUCAGGGUGCAAAACUCGCUCCUCUCGUGCAGAAAGCGGUUUUUUCCGCGGUGGAGGCCUCAGUCCCGGAGUUCAAAAUCGCCUACAAACCGUGGCUCACGGCGUCGGAUGUGGUGGUUUCCUAUUCCAACCCGGACUGGCUGACGAACACCGACGAUUUCUACGUGUCCGUCCCCGUGUCUUCCUGGAACUACAAAGCAGAUCAGAAGUACAAAUCCGCGACGCACGACAUCGCGAUCGAAACUUCCAUCCGGGACAAAGUCACCGCGUUGUUCAAAUCGGGAGGAUCGGCGACCGCGGUUUCAACACCCUUCUUCGACAAGUUGAAGACCCGGUUAUCGUACCUCCGCGACACCAUCUACCACAAGCAGGCACCUUUCGCGCAGGAAGACGGGUCUGUUUCUCUCUCCGCGGGGACGGAGCCGAGCUUCUUGUCGAGAUUGACUUUCUUGCGGGCGAAGUUGAGUUUGACCGCAUCUGGUUCGUUCACAAACACCGCCGCGAUUGAAUCUGCGGUCAGGUUUGUGUUGAAUUCGGAAACCAAAUCACCGAAACUCUUCGCGGAGUCGAUUCAAGUGGCGGAAAACGAGUUGACGGUGUUGCCAACCACGACUGAUAACGAGUUCACCGUGAUUUGCCAGGUGUUGGACACGAAGUCUCUCGCGACUCGUGCAGGACUAUUGGCGCAACACCUCUCCGCUUCUACCGACUUGGGCACAACUGUCGCGACGGAAUUAACUGCGAAGUUAGCAGCGGAUGGACAUACAGCUAUCACCGCAUCUUCCUUCGGGUCGACGAGAGUCGAGCCUCUGUCCCAAAUUUCCAUGCAGGGUGAGUUUGAGCACGACGGGGACGCGUUUGCGGACGGGGCGGACACUUUGGAGUUGAUCAAGAUCAUCCAGAAGGCGUUCGUGUCUGCUUUGAAAGACGCGACGCAGCAAACCUUGACUUCCGGUAUGGUCUCGAUUCAGUUGAAGGACGGGACGAAGGACCGGAAGAACCCCAUGUUUACCGUUUCCGUCCCGGCGAUCGGUGCGGCCUUUGAC